AUGGAGCCAGCUGAACCUAGAGCAUGUGGUUGUGUACAACCUCCUCCUGUAGUUGAAAAAGUUGCUCCAUACUCUACCAUUGAAAACAUCUCAAUUCAGAAGCUAACUCCAGAGUAUAAGAUGGGGAUGGAGCAUUUGGUGAAAACCAAAACACCUCCAAUGAAGGCUUCGGAACUGUGGCGAAACAAACCAGCGGUCCUUCUCUGCAUCCGACGUCCAGGGUGCAUCAUGUGUAGGGCUGAAGCUCACCAGCUAUAUGCCAAAAAACCCAUUUUUGAUUCACUGGGAAUUCAACUAUUUGCAGUUCUUCAUGAGCAUAUGGAGUCAGAGAUAAAGGACUUCUGGCCUCGAUACUGGGGUGGUGUUGUAUUGUUUGAUCGCGGAAUGGAAUUCUUCAAAGCACUUGGUGGAGGGAAACUGCUCAAGGGAAAAAUUCCUAUCAGUGGAAGGAGUGGCAUUGCAUACCAGUUUAUUGAGAGGAACUUUGGUGAUUGGGCACCUCCAGCUGAAGUCAUUGAGAUCUGUACUCGUUGCAGCAGAACCGACAUGAAGGUCAUAAAGAGUCCAAUACAAGAUCACAGCAAUCUGAAUGAAACUAUUGUUGAUCAAGUUUUGGACAUUGACGAAUAA